CGGCCUGGUUUUUCCAUCCCGUCCCCCCAUAAUCACUUACUGCCGCACUGCGUACUCCGUGUGAUUGAUUGUUCCAAGACACAAUCCAUUUUCCUUCUCCACCUUCUCCUCCUCCUCCCCUACUGCGUCUUACUUAUUCUCUAGCCUGUCCCCUUCAUCCCCUCCCCUCAAUUCGUCUUCUAUCACUUUGCUCACUCCUGUCCAUGGCGUCCUCCCCGCCAGAUCAUGCCCCCAUGAAUCUUCCCCAAUCAUCCCCCGGAUCUUCAUGCGCCACGAACCCUCCUUCAGAUCCGGCCUGUUUGCCUGCCUCGCCCUCCGCCGCCCCACCACUAUCAGAUCCUCCGACACGCCCGCCUGUCCAGCGCUCUGCCACGGUGGGAGCACUGCUUCUGCGCGAUUAUGCCUUGAACAUCGACCCCUCCGAGACCACCAGCGACAUCCAUACUGACCAUUCGACUUCCGUGCCGCCCGAGUGCCGUCGCGAGACUCGCCAGCCCUCGGAGAUUGCGCGGGAGGACUCCGCCGUGCCGUCGCUUCCGUCGCCCUCCUUCCUCCACCUGCGACGACAGAGCGCUGUCUUUUCCGGCCACCAACGAAACGCAUUGUCCAGCGAUUCGAUCCCCCGUCAAACAAUCCUCAAAGCCCUCGCGUCUCGACCGUCUAUCUCCGGGCAACAGAACCCCAACAUGCCGCUGGCGGCAUCGCUGGGGCUCCUGCCCGCCAACUCGACCAACCCCAACACCUCCGACGAGCCCACGCGCCGGGCCUCGAUCAAUUCGUCCCAAAAGCUGUCAGCUGCUUUGUCCAACAUGCAACUCGGAGCUUAUCUCGAUCGGGCCACUCCAUCGGCGCGUUUAGCCCUGCAGUCGCCCUGCUUCUUUCACCAACGGUUCGACGACGCCGUCAACAUACAAAAAGUGCUGGAGGAGAUUACCGAUGACGAGUGGCUAUCACAUUCGCGGCUGGUGCAGACCGCGACGGGGGUGCGGGAGGUAUCCAAGCAAUUGCAGCGGCGACCCAUCAAACGCGCCGUCAAGACGGUCAUGAUUGUCACCAAGGCGCGCGACAACAGCCUAGUGCACCUCACGCGCGAACUGGCAGAGUGGCUCCUCUCGACGCCACGGUACGGGAAUGAGAUUGGGGUCAAUGUAUACGUGGAUGCCAAGCUACGCCACUCAAAACGGUUCGACGCGCAAGGUCUCCUGGAGAAGGACCCGCGGUACCAGGAUAUGCUCCGCUACUGGACGCCCGAUCUGUGCUGGUCGUGUCCCGAGCGGUUCGACCUUGUGUUGACGCUGGGGGGCGACGGCACGGUGUUGUUCACCUCCUGGCUCUUCCAGCGGAUCGUGCCGCCUGUGCUUUGUUUCUCCCUGGGCAGCCUGGGAUUUUUGACGACUUUCGAGUUCGAGAGUUACAAAGACCACCUGAACGCCGUCAUGGGCGAUGUCGGCAUGCGAGUCAACCUCCGCAUGCGGUUCACGUGCACCGUCUUCCGCAAGGACCGCAGCAAAGGCGCUGAGGCCGGGGCCGUCGAGGAAGGGGAGCAAUUUGAGGUUCUCAACGAGCUGGUGAUUGACCGUGGUCCUUCGCCUUAUGUCUCCAAUCUCGAGCUGUAUGCAGACAAUGAUUUGCUUACGGUGGUUCAAGCCGACGGCUGCAUCUUCUCCACGCCUACAGGUUCAACGGCAUACUCCCUUUCGGCUGGAGGCUCGCUGAUCCACCCCUCGAUCCCGGGCAUCCUCCUCACUCCGAUCUGUCCCCACACCCUCUCUUUCCGACCCAUGGUUCUUUCUGACACCUCUUUGCUGCGCAUCGCCGUGCCGCCGGGCUCGCGCUCAACCGCGCACUGCUCGUUCGACGGCAAAGGCCGCGUGGAACUCCGUCAAGGAGACUAUGUGACUGUCGAAGCCAGCCAGUACCCGUUUCCGACUGUGGUAUCAGGUAGCGGAGAGUGGUUUCACAGCGUGCAGCGGGCGCUGCGGUGGAACACGCGCGGGGCGGUGCAGAAAAGCUGGUCAGCGGUGGACGGGGCGGAGGAAGAGGACGAGGAGGACGAGGAUUGGGACAUUGACACAGAUGCGGGGUUGGCGGGGACGGACAGUGGGCUGGGACCCAGUGAGGACGGGGAUGCGGGCUCGGUCAGCCCGAUGAAGCGACAGAUGAGCAUGUUGAGCAUGUAGCCGUUGUCUGGUGACUGGAUUCUUGUUAGGCGUUGGUCGGAUACACCCGGGUACACAGACCAUUUCGGGCGAUUGGUUCUUGGGACAGCGAGUUCGGGUCACUUGAUAUAGCAUGAUAUAGACUUUGGAUAAUCUCGGGACUGUCUGAUCUUGAGCGGACGUGAUGAUGAUAGGAAGACUUGGUAUAUUAUGAUGACACCCCGCAAGCAUACAGAUCAUACUGCGCAUAUAUACUACUAGU